AUGCCACAAAAACUUUGUGUAUUUUCAAAAGAAAAUUGUAUUUAUUCCAUAAAUUAUCAAUGUUCUAGGUAUGAACACCAGUAUGGUAGUACACAAAGUUUUAAUAUAAUGAACAUUAUAUUUCAAAAAUCGCAAAUUAUUGUUACCAAUACGUAUAUAAGCACGCCAUUCAUCAAGUGUAUUGCAUUCUCAGGCAAACAAACUGCUUCAAUUAUUAGUAAAAGCCUUGAGGCAAUCAUAUUAGGUACAACAUUCAACGAAAUUUUAGCUGGGUGA